GGAAAAUACUUGUUUGUUUACCAUCUCUAGACUCUGAAAGUCUCCCUAGAAGACACACAUGGUUUUACAGUGCUUGCUAUGUGCAGGUGCUUCAAAUUAGGUAAACAAGGCCAGCAGCCAUCUCUUAAAAGAAGCAGGACAACGGUUGGCCCUAGUAAUACUGAUCCUGGGUUUUAGCUCAUGUAUCUGGGCAGGAUAACCUGGAGGAAGAGCAGUUUCUUCAGUGCUUGAGCCUCUUUCUGGUCCUUGUAUUUCAGCUAAGAAGGAAAAUUUUCAGCUUUGGAGCUCAGAGGAAAAGGUAGAAAUAUUGUGCCGCCGCAUGAGUACGUCCUCCCCCCGCGAUGGCCUCGCAGCCCACACUGGCAUGGGUGCUGCUGCUCAGCCUGAUGGCCAGCUGCCUGCCAGCCGUGCAGCCCAGGGACUUCACCGUGAAGGACAUUGUCUACCUCCACCCUUCCAGUAAGCCACCUUUGCGCAGGCUGCAAAGCCACAGGCAGUUGCGGCAUGGGGCCACACCAUAUCCUCAUGGAUUUAAGUGUUUCACCUGCGAAAAGGCAGCGGAUAAUUAUGAAUGCAACCGAUGGGCUCCGGAUGUCUAUUGUCCAAGAGGUACAAGAUACUGCUUUAGCCAACAUAUGAUGAAAGUUACUGGGGAGAGUGUAUCUGUCACCAAACGCUGUGUACCGUUAGAGGACUGUCUAUAUACAGGGUGCACAUAUGUACGGCAUGAAGGAUACAAGAUCUGCACCUCCUGCUGCGAAGGAAGCAUCUGUAACUUGCCCCUACCAAGGAACACAACAGACGCUGUAUUUACAACCCUCUCCCCCCUCAACAAAACACAGAGACUUUCACAUCCUGCCCUGCUGACAGCAGCGUGUCUUUGGCUGGGGUUUAUCUCACAGCACUGGGUCGUGCUGCCGGGUCCAGGCAGCUGAUCUGUGUGAGAACAUCUGCGUGAACAUCCAUCCUCUCCCUACAGAGCCUGUGGUUUGCAGUUAUAUUUGGAACUGCUUUUCCUCCUGACUUCUUGCUAACCAUGAACUAGCCAGCCUGGAAUCUAGAUGUAUUUGAAGGGUGUAAACCUCACCCCCACUCCUCUACUGUUUUCUGAAGAAACUCAUGCAAGGUACUCCCAGAAUCCGUGUUCGAGAUGGAUGCAUACACUUUUCUUAAUGUCUAGCUUUAAACAUACUAUAUUGCCGAUAGUAUCAACACUUACUCAUUUGAAACUUAUUAUAAUUUGUCAGAGCACUAACUCUGGUGUCUCAUUAACCCCUUCUGGGAACAUACAGUAAAUAAUACACAGUCAGUGUAUGACUUUGCAGUAUCCUUGUAUCUCUUGCUCUUCUCUGAGCAGGCAGGAAUCUGUAGCACGGCAGCAGUAGCUGUCAAGGGAGCACCAGCAGCUUGGAUCAGGCCAGCAUCAUUCACAGAUGCUUCCUCUGAGGUUGUCCACCAGAAGCCUGAAGAGCCACCCCUACAACAGCACACACUGGGAUGUGCAGAAAAUCACUGUUGCUUAUAAACUGAACUGGAAAAACUCUAAAACCUCUGUUUCUGAGGCAUGGUUAGAGGGGAGGAGGGUGUGUGGCCUCUGACCCUCAACUGCAAGAAGGUAAGGUUAUAGGGAACAGGUGAGUGGCCCAGUUGAGAUGGUGGUGCCUACCAAGCCAAAAGGUUCUCAGUGUUCUGGGGCUUUACAUAUUCUGGCAUUACUGGAUACAGCUGUAUUUUGGUGACCUGUGUUGCUUGUUUUGCUCAGAAAUCAUCUAUGCAAUAUUUAUUUUUGUAUGUUGAGUAGGAUUAAAAGUGUUUAAAAGAUUCUUAAUACCUAUGUUGCCAGGUAAAAUGGUUGUUUUGCAAGUAAGCAAGCCUGUAAUAUAUAAAUUAUCAUAUAAAUAUAAAUAUAUAUAUAAAAGUUCUUAAUUUUUAAAAAUCAACUUUGUUUGCAAGGUCAGUAAUAAAAGCAGGGUGUCAUGGACUUGCUUUAAAAUUAAACCAAACUCUUUUGUAAUUUUUAUUUUCCCUUUUUUAACUAUAGUCAUAAAUUGUUCUUUUAGGAGCUAACUCUUUGCUACUUGUGCUCCAAGGUAACUUGUGCUUUAUCAUGUCACAGUAUGGUUAUGCUCUGUAGUGCUUUUUUUGGUGAGUUAUACAGUGAAAGGCAGGGGAAGGAAGGCAAUGCUGGAAUGCAAAUGCUUUGCAAAGGGCUCCUAGAGAGUACAGGCAAGCCCUCACCUACCAGCCUGUGCAUUGGAUACCAGUAACAGUGAGAAAUCUGCAGAGCUAAGCAUGCAAGAUGCUGUCCUGAGCUUUGUGGCCUAUAGACUGAACCUUGCUUCUACUUCCAGGGAGUUUUACUGGAGGCGAAGGAGGAGGAGGACCAAGAGCAGCACUCCAUCCCAAUUUAGUUUCAGGUGAUUUCUCUGGGGAAGGAAAGCAGGCUGGAAGCCUUGGUGUGUUUUGCUGGGCAAUGUUUUUUAAAGACGUA